AUGUUAGAAACAUAUCCUUACCUUGAACGAAGGCCAGAUACAACAUCAACAUCAAUAGCAAAGCAUUUUGCUACUUGUGUAGUAAAACCUGUUAUAGGAUGUCUUGCAAUACCAAUAGUAUUCAAUGAGAUACCCAUUCACAAUCCAAAUAAUGUUGAAGCAUUAAAGAUUUCGGACCAUGAUCCUAUUUUUAAAGAUACAUAUUGCAAAACCCGUCAUUAUCCAUACAAUUCGUCUACACUUGAUUUUUUGUCCAACAAAACCAGUCUUUUCCUGUUAAAAUACUUUUGUAGCAUAUUUCAAAACCAAAACAAUAGUAUUCCAUUAUAUACUGAUGAAAAAAAGAAAAAAUUAAAAGGAUAUAAAUUAGCUACUUUGGGAAAAGAAGUAGACUUGCGUUAUCUUUCAACAGCAUACAGUACAUCACGUCCUUCACAAUCAGGAUUAUGUGAUUGUUGCAGACUCCAAUUGAAUAAUGAUGAUGUAGUGCCGCUAACUUGUGGCCAUGGUUAUCAUUCAACUUGCUACAGUAGAAGAUGUAUUUAUUGUGAAAAUUUUUAUAAAAAUGGU